AUGUCGGCCGGCGGAGCGCCAAUCCCGCCGCCCCCGAACCCUGCCGUGUCCUUCCCGGCGCCCCGGGUCACCCUGCCUGCUGGCCCCGACAUCCUGCGGACCUACUCCGGCGCCUUCGUCUGCCUGGAGAUUCUGUUUGGGGGUCUCGUCUGGAUUUUGGUGGCCUCCUCCAAUGUUCCUCUACCUCUGCUGCAAGGAUGGGUCAUGUUUGUGUCCGUGACAGCUUUUUUCUUUUCCCUUCUCUUCCUGGGUUUGUUCCUGUCCGGCAUGGUGACCCAAAUUGAUGCCAACUGGAACUUCCUGGAUUUUGCCUACCAUUUUACAGUGUUUGUCUUCUACUUUGGAGCCUUUUUACUGGAAGCAGCAGCCACAUCCCUGCACGAUCUGCACUGCAAUACAACCGUGGCUGUGCAGCCGCUCCUGAGUGGCAACCAGUACAACAUCAACGUAGCAGCCACAAUUUUUGCCUUUGUGACGACAGCUUGUUAUGGUUGCAGUCUGGGUCUGGCUUUACGAAGAUGGCGACCGUAGCACUCCUUAGAAACUAGCAGUCCUGUGUUAGUUUCAUUUGUCUACUUUACUUGUCUAAUCAAUUUGGAUACCAUUUUGUCCAGAUGUAACAACAUUCCAAAAAUAUUUGUUUAGUAUAUAUAGAGAGAGUCUAAAUGCAAGUUGUGAUUUAUUUCAUGGAUGAAAUUUUAAUUUUAUCAUGAUGUCAAACAAAGAAAUAACCUUUACUUUUACAUCUUUUCUUUCUUAUUUGAAAAUGUCCCUUACACCCAUGAAAUACAAAGAUAUUGUUCAU